CAACUUCCUCCGAAAAUUACCGAAGAGAGCCAUUCAGCUUCGGAAUUGAAAGCUGGAUGUCACCUGUCAAAACAGUCUCAUAUGAAAGGAAAGGGGCAUCGUCUGAAAGUUUCUAGUCUUCAGCUAUAUCUUAAGAUGCCAGGGCGUUCGUCUAAAUGUGGAACAGGGAUCGUUUACAGCCCUCUCUCGUAUGUAGACGGUCGCGGAACAGACAAGAAGUGUAAAGAGCCCGAGCGGCUGUUGAUGAGAGAUCGAAUUCGCUGUGCUCGGGGACUGUACCGACGCGAUCUUAAAGAGCAUUAUGGCUGUGUCAACGCUAUAGAAUUCUCUCAUGAUGGCGGAGAAUGGAUUGCCUCAGGUGGUGAUGAUCGUCGUGUUUUACUAUGGAAUGUCCAGAAAGCUCUGGAUCACAUUGGUAAACCUGCCUUCAUGAAGGGCGAGCACAAUAGCAACAUAUUUUGUCUCGCCUUCGACUACGAAAACAAAAAGAUAUUUUCUGGAGGAAACGAUGAGCAAGUCAUUGUACAUGAUAUUUCAACAGGGGAGACUUUGGACGUGUUUACACACGAGGAUGCUGUGUACAGUCUUAGUAUUGACCCAAACAAUGUCAGCGUGUUUGCCAGUGCAUGUGAUGAUGGCCGCAUUCUUGUGUAUGACAUUCGUGAACCGCCCAGCACUGACCCAUUUUGUCUGGCUAACUACACCUCCUCCAUGCAUGCUGUGAUGUACAACCCUGUGGACCCCCGUCUCCUAGCAACAGCCAAUGCAAAGGAAGGGAUUGGUCUGUGGGAUAUCAGAAAACCUCGGAGCUGUCUGUUGCGGUAUGGAGGAGGCUAUGUUCAGCAGAGCUGUAUGAGUGUAAGAUUCAGCCAGUCGGGGGAGCGUCUGCUAGCCCUAAGACGUCGCCUUCCUCCUGUGCUCUAUAACAUAGCCAGCUCACAGCCUCUGUGUGAGUUUGACCAUAGUGGCUACUACAACUCCUGUACCAUGAAGAGCUGUACCUUUGCAGGAGACAACGACCAGUAUGUCCUAUCUGGAUCUGACGAUUUCAACCUGUACAUGUGGAAAGUACCAGAGAAUCUAUCAAAAAGGCAAUAUAUAAAUGAUGCCCACAUGAUACUGAAAGGUCAUAGGUCAAUUGUAAACCAGGUGCGAUUCAACCCAGCAAAUCACCUCAUCAUCUCUUCUGGAGUAGAAAAGGUUGUGAAGGUGUGGAGUCUGUUCGAGAUGCCCGGAUGUGAGGGCGGCCUUGGGGGAGAAAAUCCUCCACCUCCGACUGUAGGUGAGAGAUCAGUUUAUACCCACGAGGAGUACAUCAACCUGGUCCUUCAGAGUGGACAUGUGAUGACCCACGAUUACUCGAGCCACUCCACCGAGGAAGACCCGCGCAUGAUGGCGUUCUUCGAUUCUCUGGUCCAGCGGGAGCUUGAAGGCUGCUCGUCUGAGGAAGAUUUGUCGAGUAGUGAGCAAGAACUGUAUGAGCGAAUUAUUCAGUUGUCACACUCCGACAUGUCUAAUGGAUCAGAGUAUGAAUCUGGGGCGGAUGUCGGUCAGAGCGUGACCAAUAAUAACACUAGCGAUGUUAACUAUGAGGAAGACUCGGCAUUCAGCCCGUUCAGUAUUGCGUUUGCAAGUGUGGUUGCAGUUCAGACAUCUCGCAGUAUGGAGGAGCAGUCGUCUGGUAUUUCUUUAGAUACGUCAUUAGACACUUCAGCUAACCAAAGUGGAAGUGUUUCAGAUGGGAAUGCAAACUUAAGUAACACAGAUUCAGGCUCACAGAGACCAAACAGCAGUACCGGUAACACUAGGAGAAGCAUCUCUGAGCUCAUAGUAAAACGUAAAGAAGUGAAGAGACAGGCUAGCAAGGCUCUGAGGAAUAAACAGAGAAAACGCAAAAGACCCAGAUCAUCUAGUUCUGAGUCCAGCGAUGGAGAACAGAAUAAAAAUUCGACCAGCACUGGAAUCUCUACUGGCCAUCCAGAAAAUGUGCUUUCUUCACAGAAACAAAGAGCUCAGCUCCAGCUGAAACGGCUUCAGCAACUUAGAAAUAAUAUCUUAAAGAGUGAUUCCGAUAAUAGUGACAACGAAGAGAUUUCUGUGGCUGAAACGUCCUGCAAAGUCUUAGAGCAGAAUAGUUCAGACAGGAAUGUGAUUUGUGCUGGGAAGGAAUCGGGUGAGAAAGCUUGUAAAGAGGAAACACAGACUGUUGGUUGUAGUAAAGCAGGGACAAGUAAAAGUAACUCUGAACUUGGCGCUUAUCUGCAUGAAACAGAUUUCAAUAACCAACCCUCGACAUCCGCAAAGAUCGGGAUUAUGGGUAAUUCUCAUAUACACAACUCCUGUGACAAAAUAUCGGUGACAGUCUCAAAUAGCAAUAAUGAAAAUGCACAGUGUUCAGCCUCUGAAAACUCUGGAGGCAGUCAUUCCAAUUUUACAGAAUUCAAAAGAUUCAAGAAACGAACAAAAGCAUUAAAGCGACAGUAUCGCCAGCAUGGAUCAGACAAUGAGGAUACAUAAGUGCUUGGUUGCAUGUGUUCCAAAUCAGAUGUCUCUUAUUCCCGUCUAGGACAAUGUGUUGUUAAGUAUCAACGUGUUAUCUAUACUUAUUUACCCUAGCUUUGUAAUUCUUCUGGUUUUAAAUUUUACUUAAAAUAUCUUAAUUAUUUCAUAAAAUCAUUUGAAUCCAUUGGAAAUUUUCAUUGUGUGGAAGAAAUAUACUAUAAUAGUAUACAGAAGUAUCAGAUAAUGGUUGACUUACGCAGUCUGACUUGAAACACACUAGUGCUAGAAAACUUGUGAUAUUUGUCUGUCAGUGUGUGAUAUAUAACAUGUAAAGCAGAAGUAUAUGACAUGGCAUGUCACUAGGCCAGUUAAAUCAACUGACCCCUAGUUGGGAGUGAUCUCCCUUUGGUUUAUGGAUUGACCAUGUGAUCAUGUGCUGAGAAUGUUUCUCUAUAGAUUAGACCCAAGGAUCUUGUAUACCAUCUGUGCAUGCAUGACUACUUAAAAGUAAUUGCUUCUUGGAAAUUCAUGUAUGGUAAAUAAUUUAUGAUCAAACUUCUGUUCUUGACCAUUUCCUACAUAAUCAAACUAUGUUCAUUAUAUAAUUGAAUGUGAUGGUUUCCUUGUAGUUUUGUAUGAACAUAUAUAUACCUGUAUUUUUCAUAUUUACCAUCAUCGGAAACCCACGGUUGAUUGCACUAUGCUACGCUACACUUAUCAAGUGAUAAGUGUAGCGUAGCGUAUAGUGCAGUCAACCGUGGGUUUCCGACGAUGCAUCUUUACCAACUUGUAACUAUCACUGUAGCUUCAGUGAAUGUCCUUAUUCUUUGCCUUCAUUAGUAUUAGCUGUUACCCUUUAUCAUUUGCUACUAUGAUUUCAUUUCUUGGUUUAUAUUUAGAAAAAGUAUGUGAAUUAAUAUUUCUUUAGUAGGUUUAGUACAACGUGAUUGUAGUUCAAAGAAAUUCACUAUAGAAAGUCUUGCCUCCGUAUUUCAUGGCUAUAUUGUAUAUUGUAUACAAAAUCAUUUUUACCGAUUUCGUAUAUUUACACUAAACUGCUUGUAUCUUGCAUUGUACUGAAUUCAUCUGUCUAUUAAUUUGCCAAGUAGGUGAAAAUAAAAUCAUGUGAAAAUUUGUGUUUAUUUCUCAUAUCGUUAUAUUUCACAAAUGGUAGAUUCCUAAAUAUGUACAGGUGAAAAUAAAAUCAAGUGAAAAUUU